CUGACAGCUGCUCAUUCAGUUUCGUUCUGACUCGUGCUGCUGCAGAGUUUUCACUCAGAAACUUUCCACUAUGGCUUUUCAGUGUCAACGGGACUGUUACCUGCAGGAGUUUGACACCUCCGUCAUUUCCUGCUGUCCGGCUGAGUUAAAGCAAGAAGUCAAUGGAAAGAAAGAAACUGUCAAGGGCUUCAACGUCAAGCUCCAAGACACCAUCUUGUUUCCUGAGGGAGGUGGACAACCAGACGACCACGGGCUGAUCGGAGAUGUCCCAGUUUUGAGGGUGACGAGACAUGGACCAGAAGCCGUGCACUUUGUGACCUCCCCCCUGGAGGUGAGCCAGGAGGUGCACGUGAAGGUGGACUGGGAGAGGAGGUUUGACCACAUGCAGCAACACUCAGGUCAACAUUUGAUCACAGCAUUGGCAGAUUCCAUGUUUGGACACAAGACCACAUCCUGGGAACUGGGGCGUCAGAGAAGCACAAUUGAGCUAGACACUCCCAGUGUGAAGCCCGCGCAGCUCCAGGCUCUGGAGGAAGUUGUUAAUGAGAAGAUCAGAGCUCAUGUUCCUGUCACUGUUCAGCUGCUCUCUAUAGACGACCCCGCUGUGGAAAAGGUGAGGAGUCGUGGGCUGCCAGAGGACCAUGCCGGGCCGAUUCGGAUCGUCGAUAUCGAAGGCGUCGAUGCCAACAUGUGCUGUGGGACGCACGUGUCUAACCUCAGUCACUUACAGGUUAUCAAGCUACUGGGAACUGAGAAAGGGAAGAAAAACAAAACCAACCUGAUCUUCCUGGUAGGAAACCGAGUACUGAAGUACGCUGAGAAAAGCUACAGCACAGAGCGCUCGCUGGUUUCUCUCCUGAAGACCAGACCUGAUGAACAUGUUGAGGCGGUCGACAAGUUACAGAAAUCUGGAAAGCUGCUACAGAAAACGAACCUGUCACUGCUACGAGACAUGGCCAUCCUCAUUGCUCAGAAUUUCAAAAACGACCCCCAGAGAGGAAACUUCUUCACCUUGCACAAGAAAGAGGGCGACAAUGAGUUCAUGAAUAUUAUUGCCAAUGAACUAGCUACUGAGGAAACCUUGGUUUUCCUCACUGUUGGAGAAGAAAAGGGACCUGGUUUGUUUGUUCUGGCUGGACCCAGUGGACAAGUGGCCGAGAUGGGACCCAGGGUGUUGGAGAUGCUGCAAGGGAAGGGGGCAGGCAAGAACGGACGUUUCCAGGGCAAAGUCAACAGUCUGGCUCAGAGAGGAGAGGUGGAGGCUUUACUGCAGCAGAACUCCAAACAUCAAACCUCAGAGGAAAAAUAAAGCCGACAAUACAAAUUAAAAAGUUGACUUGAUGGUCCUAAAUAUUCAAAUUUUGUAAUAAACACGAAAGGAUGGGUAAGAGAUUAAUCAUCCGUGUGACGCUGUAUAUAACUGGGACUUUGGUAAAACACGUGCUGUACAUAUCUGAACGUUUAAUGUCAUUUGCUUUCAAUAUUCAUUUGGAACCUCAUCCGUUCAAUUAAAAGUCUAAUCACAGAAAAUACAAUUUGAGUUUUUUGUCCCCCAUUCAGGUUUAAUACUACAUGUGGGAGGUGAAUUAACUUUUAACUGCCUUGCUCGAGGGCAUCACAAUCUGCAAUUUAAAGAUAAUGUAAAAAAUAUAUCCUGCUCCUCACACAGCUGUUUGACACACGCAUGUACUUUCCCAUGGAUAAAUAAAAACAUACACCUGAUGAAUAUUUAGUAUAUUUAUUUAACAUACAGAAGAUAGACACAUUUGACAUGACUUGCUAAUAUAAAUCUUUGGCAGGAUUACAUUGAGAGACAAAGAUGGUACACCCUGUGCACCCUGGUACACUGUAAUGCUGUCUAGUAGAACUGUCAGAAUAAAGUGGUGAAAAUAUCAUUAGUUGUCACCUCAUGUACAAACAUCGUGCAUUAAUAUUAGAAACCUCUCAUUUUAUUGUGCAACCCAGUAAAAAUUUACAAUCAAAUACCAAUAAAAACAGUUGAAUCAA